AUGCGCCGGAACGCGAUGCUUGCGCGUCUGGUCCUUGCGCACGCCGUCGCGGCGGUGGCAGCGCUCUGUCCAACAACACCAUUGCAUGCCAAGUUUCGAGCGCCGCGCAUCAUCCGUACUGCGGCCGGUGAAGACGAGGACGACCUGGCCGCGCUCGACGCAGCCGCGAAGGCGGCACAGUCGAGCGCCGACGCCCAAAACGCGGACGCGGCCGCCGCGCCGCCGUUAGGCGACGACGACCCGUUCUGGGCCGCCGUCGCGGACGCGAGGAUCGUCGAGGGCGGCGGCGCGAGUUAUAAUAGAGGUCGCGUCGUCGACGCGUCGAGGGCGGACGCGGAGGCCGCGCGGGCGCGGGGCGUCGUCGACUUGGUGCGGGCUGGCGAGCUCCGAUGGGCCCAGGACGCGGACCGCGUCGCCCUGUUCCUGCCCGUCUCGGAAGAAACGAAGGCUCGAUCCAUCGACGUCGACGUGACGCCGCGCGCGCUGUCGCUGUCCGUGGACGGCGCCCCGAUCCUGGAGCGGGCGCCGCUGCGCCACGGCGUCGACGGCGAGGGUUCGUCCUGGACCCUCGAGGACGUCGCGUCGCGGUGUCUGGUGUUGGAACUGCCAAAAUUAGACGACGCCAUCGUCUGGGCGUCGCUGCUCGACGGGCGGUCGCGGGAGGAGAUCGAGGACGAGCUGGCGAUGCAGUUCGGGCGGGAGAUGGAGGAGUAA